UAUGAUAUAUGGAUGAUGAUGAGUUUCACUUGUCAGCUUUUUACUUCUGAUCCAAACCAAAGUGUCUGUUUUUUUCCAUUUCCAGAAAAGUGUAAGAUAUGGAGAGAGAAAGCAUUGAAGAUGGGCAGCAAGAUGGGCACUUAGAGACUUCUCUAUUGGGCAAAUAUGGCAGCUCUAGUAGUUCUAGUUAUUCCAAAAGUGGCAACUCUACCACUGCUGUUUUAUAUUUCAGCACUUUCAUUGCUGUUUGUGGUUCCUAUGUUUUUGGAGCUUCUAUUGGAUAUUCAUCACCUGCAGAGAAUGGAAUCAUUCAGGAUCUGGGCCUUUCUGUCACUGAGUAUUCACUAUUUGGCUCAAUUAUGACGAUUGGAGCAAUGUUAGGUUCAGUUACAAGUGGAAGGAUUUCAGAUCGUUUUGGUAGAAGAGGUGCAAUGGGGAUUGCACAGAUACUCUGCAUCACAGGGUGGCUUGCCAUUUUAUUCGCAAAGGGAGCAUGGUUGCUGGACCUUGGAAGAUUUGUUGAAGGAUGUGGUGUUGGGAUUCUUUCUUAUGUGGUACCUGUAUAUUUAGCAGAAAUAACACCCAAAAACUUUCGUGGAGCAUUUGUAGCUAUACAUCAGUUCAUGGUAUCUAUCGGCUUAGCAUUAACGUAUUUUAUUGGAGCUGUUGUAAGCUGGCGCACCUUGGCCCUUAUAGGAAUUAUUCCAUGUUUAACACAGCUCUUAGGUUUACUCAUCAUUCCAGGUUCUCCAAGAUGGUUGGCACAGAAUGGUAGAGUGAAAGAGUGUGAAGUUGCGAUACAGCGCCUUAGAGGAAAGAAUGCUGAUAUCUCUGAGGAAGCAGCUGAGAUUGAAGAGUUCACUGAAUCCCUUAAAGAGCUCCCAGAAGGCAGAAUCCUCGACUUGUUUCAGCAAAUAUAUGCCCGUUCACUCACUAUUGGAGUUGGACUGAUGUUACUGCAACAAUUUGGAGGGGCUAAUGGGAUUGUCUUUUAUGCAAGUUCAAUAUUUGAUGCUGCUGGUUUUUCAGCAAGUAUUGGGAGUACACUAAUGGCUGUUAUUCAGAUUCCAACAGCAGUACUUGGUAUAAUCUUAAUGGAUAGAGCUGGAAGAAGACCACUUCUAAUGAUUUCUGCAGUGGGAACAUGCUUAGGCUGCUUACUUGCAGGGGUCUCAUUCUCGUUGCAGGACCACCAGCUGUGGAAAGAAGGCACUCCUGCUUUGGUGUUUGUUGGAAUAAUGGUAUAUAACGGAUCAUUUGGAUUAGGCCUUGCUGGGAUACCAUGGCUCAUAAUGUCAGAGAUUUUUCCCAUUAACAUGAAGGGUUCAGCUGGAAGCGUUGUGUCUUUGGUCAACUGGUUCAGUUCUUGGAUUAUUACAUACAUUUUUAACCUAUUAAUGAAUUGGAGCUCAUCAGGAACAUUUUACAUAUUCUCUAGCAUCAGCACCUUGACUAUUCUGUUCGUGGCAAAGUUGGUACCGGAGACGAAGGAGCAAACACUAGAGGAAAUACAGGCAUCAAUGCACUCAUUACCAGAGAUUGAAUAACCGUACAAGGGUGAACCACAGAAAAGGAAUAAAGCUGCUUUGCAAAUAAACAGAGUCCUAAAUGUGAGCUCAGAGAACUGUUAAACGGUUGGCCAUGAUUAGACUGCCACUGAAGAACCUUUAAAUUCUUUCAUUGAUCCAUUCAAGCCGAUGCAGUGAUUUAUCAUUUAAAAUUUUUUAAUUGUCAACCAAGCCAUCUCCCCAGAUUUUAUUGUGCUACAGACUCUGUUGUGUUUCAUUUUUGCACAAAUCUGUAUGCAGAUUGAUGACAUUAAGGAGUCAGUUCUUCCCAUGAGUAAAAAAAUUUAUAAUAAUAUGAUUCUGCAAAUCUGAUAGUUGAA